GUCUUCAGUGCGCGUCGCAUCGCACUUCCCUCAACGCUCCCCGCGACGUUAGUGCGUUACGAAGCGCCGCUCUGGCACUCGGAUAUAUUACACAAGGUGUAAUGCAGAGGCUGGUCGUGGUGGUGGUCGUGGCACUAGCGGCCUCGGUCGUGAAGUCCCUGCCUCGAAACCCUCCAAAUGAAGCACAGGAGAUGCCCAACAGCACCGUCGCCGUCGCUGAGCCCGACCCCCGCAGUGACUCGAAGACGUUCAUCGACGCCCACGGCUCGGCCAUCGCCUCCCUGCCCGGCUCGCAGGUGUUCCUCACGGACCCUCUGGACACGAACGGCGAUGGGCUGGUCCACCCUCUCGAGUACCUCCAGAGCAUCUUUCCCUUCAUUAGGGUAGUGGACAAAGACGAAGGCCUGGCGACUGACGAUUCCACAGCUGAUCUGGUCCACUACCUCCGGAAGUUAAUCCCAUUCUUCGGCCCAGACAAGGUUCACGGUUCCAAUACUGAAAAUCCGGAUGAGGAGGAACCGGUGACCCUUUGGGAACAGUUAUUAAUCUUACUCCUGAGGGAAACGAACAUCCUCCACGUCGACCGAACGGACACGGAUGGCGACGGCGAGCCGGAGAAUGACAUCACCAUGUCUUUCACGACCGUCAAGUUCGACCCCGUCGGCAACCUGAUCGAGUGGCUGAUGAGCAUCAUCAGGGAAAUCACACAGUACGAGACUCUGGAGAAGUGGUGGACCCGCGUGAAGCACGACUUUGAUAACUACACGCCGUACGAGGCGGAGGUGGUAGAGGAGAAGCCCGAGGGAGAGGCGCACGAGGGAGAUCCCUCCGUGAUCGUCCCCAUCCCCUUCGGCUUCGGCUUCGGCUUCCCCCUGGGCUCGGUCAACGUUGCCAAGUUCGACCCGUUCGUCCUCGGAGCCAACACCGUCCUCUUCGUGCUGUAUAAUGCUCUCUUCUUGGCCGCCUACCUCCGGAACUCCGGCAUCGAGAAUCUGUUCAACGAUUAUGAUUAUUAUGAUUACGAUGGUGAAGAUGUUGAAGGAGAGGGUGAAGAAGGAGAGGGUGAAGAAGGAGAGGAAGAAGAAGAAGAAGAGGGCGAGGAAGAAGGCGAGGAAGAGGGCGAAGGAGAAGGAGAGGGAGAAGGAGGAGAACAAGAAGAAGGCGGAGGAGGACAAGAAGAGGGAGGGGGCGGAGAACAAGGUGGCGACUACCCGCAAUACGACCAGUAUGACUUCGAUCAGUACGGCGACAACCAGUCUCCACAGUACGACGAUCAGUACGGCGACAACCAGUUUUCACAGUACGACAAUCAGUUCGACUCGGAAUUCCCUCAAUACAGCACCAACUUCGCCGUGUUCGACUACGGGGGCAGAAGAAUCUCGCACCAACCCCCUCGCUACCGCCGGCGACAAGACCGGAGGCCCAUCUUCAGCCCGGCGUCGACACCGAAGAAGGCCAGCGGCUUCGGGAAGGACCUAACCUUCGCCAACACGGACGGGCACGGGGUCAGCGGCGUGCACGGGAUGCUCACACUCGGGUCGUUCUUCGGCAAGAAAAAGUAAAUAAGAUUUCCACUGAGAAUGAGCAUUAAUGGAAGAUCAGAUGUUAUUUUUUUCGAGAAUGAAGGAGGAUUGGAUAUUUUUUCCUUGGCAAGAAAUUAAUUACGCGGAGAAUGAACAUUAAAAAGUAUAUAUUUUUUAUACGACAAAAAAACAAUUAUGAUUUCAACGAGAAUGAACAAUAAAGAGGAAUAGAUAUUAGAUGAAAAUUAUUAGAAUCUGAAGCGCUAAAGGAAAAUUAUUGAAAUUCGAGUUAUACAAUUCAAAGGAUUAAAAUCUAAGAUUAUAAAUUAAAAGCGGUUAAACUUUACGACAAUACUUAAGAGUCAAUAACUAAAAUAAUCAAAAUUCCGAACUAAAAGGAUUUGAAAGAUUUAAAUCUAACUCCUCGAAUAAAAAAAAUAAUACCUAAGACAUUGAUUAAAACAGAAUUCAACUCCAACACAAUGUUUAUAAAUGACCUAAAAGCGCAAUUAAUCAUUGUCUUAGGUUGAGAAGAUGCGUCUCCGGGUAUUAUAGGUUUUCUCUGAUUUCAAAGUAUGUUAUUUUGUUCUCUUAGUAUUACUGUGAUAUGUUAUAGGGAAUCGCAUAGACCCUGUGGCACCGUGAAAUAAAUGAAUGAGUUUCCAUUACAUUCCCCAUAGCAUUCAGAGAGUGAAGUUAUCAUCUUAAAAGCUAUUACCAUAUAGUACACCAAAAAAUCAUCUGGAAUCCGCAAAAUAAUUGACAAUAAUCAAAUACUUAAAUAUGAACAUUUUAAAUCAUAUAUUAUACCAUUCCAUAUUUUCGAUUGACAAAAUCUUCGCUUCUCAAGAAACACAUCAUAAUAUUCACUCCAGCAUUUAUAUCACCGACCAUUCACCAUUCAUGAUGAAUUCCAUGUGCCAUUAAUUUUGGAGAAUGCCUGUUAGUAUGGGUAGAUUACCUCUUUUAGCUUGUAUGGUACGAAAAAAAAGGAAACAGGUGGUUGGAAUCGCCUUAAAUGUGGAUAACGGUAUUUGUUUACCUUUUGUGCCUUUGUGUUGUAUGCUCUUGAUAUUCUCACUUUGUAGUCAUGUUACAGCAUUUAAGAAUUGCGUAUGUGUGUAGUUCUGUACAAAGUCAUUAUUUAUUUCAGUAUUAAGUAUUUAUUGAAUAAAA